AUGGAUGAUCUGGAAAACAAAUGGGAGAAGUUAAGAUUAUCGGAGGAAGAAGCUCUGAACAUUGAUUUCGGGGAUGAUAUUGGGGAUGAAAACUUGGAAAGAUUACACUGUAAGGAAGAACUAAGCUUGGUAGGGAAGAUAUGGGUAGGAAGAAGCAUCAACCAAGCUGUAGUUGAAUCAACUAUGGCAAAGGUAUGGAAAAUCAGCAAACGAGCUAAGUUUAAGGGGUUAGGAGACAAUGUCUAUGUGAUGGUUUUCGCUAAUCAGGCAGACAAGCAACGUAUACUGGAAGGGAGACCUUGGCUGUUUGACAACCAACUGUUUGUGAUAAUGCAGUAUGAUGGUUUCACACCCCCUUCAAAAAUAAACUUCAAGAGAGAGUGCUUCUGGAUCCAGAUGCAUGAGUUACCACUGAUAUGUAUGAACAAGGUGAGAGGGGAGAUUAUAGGAGGUACUGUUGGUAGAGUAAAGGAAGUUGACACUCAAGAGGAUGGUUGUGGCUGGGGGGAAUACUUAAGGGUCUUGAUCGAAGUAGAUUUGGAGAAGCCAUUGGCGAGGGGGAGAUCUAUUACAGUUAGAGGUAAGCACUUAUGGACUCAUUUUAAAUUUGAGAAGUUACCUCACAUUUGUUUUAGUUGUGGGUGUAUACUACACAGGGAACAAGGGUGUAUAGGGACGGGCGAGGGUGAGGGUCAAUAUGGUGUUUGGCUGAGAGCAGGGUUCAAAGGUAAAAAAGAGAGAGGGGGGAGUAGCUCUUUCGGGUUUCAAAUGAUACAGAAGGAGAAAACAGAGGGAGGAGGGAGGGAGAACAUAUUAAACAUUGCUUUAAGGCAAGAGGCUAGGGAGGAACAUGGGGAGGCUGAGAAAUAA